AUGGGAAGUUGGUCCAAGCCUGAAGCUCAUGUGGCCAAAGAAGAAGAAUCCUCUCCUUUCCCACCGCAAUAUCCUCUCGAUUCAAGUGCGAGUGCGUAUUGUAAUUCGGUGGAUUGGCAAAACCAUGAGUUUCCCAUUCAAGACAGCUUUUACGAUGCUGUUCCUUUGAUGAGCAAUUUCUAUACGGAUCCUUUAUAUGUUUCGUUGGACACUGAACAAAGUACAAUUCUAACUCAAGAGAACAAUCUACUAGGUUAUGAAAAUAGCAAUGGGUUUUGGAAUGAACUGGGUGCCUUGUUCGAGCCCUGCAACGACAACAAAAUGCGUUCGCAAGGUAACAAUAUUGUUGAAGACAUGAGAGGAGAAGAACUGAAGGAAGAAAGGAUUAAUUCUGCUAAAAGAUGCAGGGAAGCGAAAUGCAACAGUACUACCAAAAUGCUGUCUAGGAAAGUUAUAUCCCAGUACUUUUACAUGCCUAUAACUCAAGCGGCAAAAGAGCUUAACAUUGGGUUGACACUGUUGAAGAAAAGGUGUAGGGAACUUGGAAUCCGUAGGUGGCCUCACCGCAAGCUUAUGAGCCUCCAAACUCUUAUCAAGAAUGUUCAGGAGUUGCAGAAGGAGGAAGGUGAGGAAAGUGAAGGGAAACUGAGGGAAGCAGUAGAGGUUUUAGAAAGGGAGAGGAAGAUGUUGGAAGAGAUGCCGGACUUGCAAUUGGAAGACAAAACCAAAAGACUUAGACAAGCCUGUUUCAAGGCAAAUUACAAGAAGCGAAAGCUGAUGAUAGAGUCCCAAUCGUCUUCUGGUUGUAGCCGACCAAGUUUGGGUUUAACAACAGCAUAUUAUCACAUGGAAGAAGAAGAAGAAGAAGAAGUAAAAUCUCUUUUGUUUGAAUCUUUUACAUGA